AGCCGCCCAAGCCCUUUUCGGUCAUCUGUAGUCAUCUCUCAACCUCGUCGUACACUCUCAACCUCGUCUCCAAGAAACAUCCCCCACUCACCUUUAGUUCUCUUCUUCUUGUAAUCGCAUUUUUACGUUCGUCGCAUGAACGUGCAGAACCUAGCUACUUUCGAUCCCUUCGCAGACGAGGGAGAAGCGGUCAACACACAGGACGUUGGAUCUCAGCAGAACUACAUUCACAUUCGCAUUCAGCAAAGAAACGGACGAAAGACUCUCACGACUUUGCAGGGCUUGCCCAAGGAGUAUGAUGCCAAGAAGCUCUUGAAAGCCUUCAAGAAGGAAUUCGCUUGCAACGGCACACUCGUAGACGACGAAGAAGCAGGACAAGUCAUCCAACUUCAAGGAGACCAACGCACCAAGAUUUUGAACUUCCUUGUUGAAGAGGGUCUUCCCAAGAACACGAUUAAGGUUCACGGUUUCUAA